AUGACAUCAAGUCACUUCACAAUCGUCUUCACAUACAACAAGAAACAAUUUCGUAAGGUUUCUAUUGAAAUCAUGUCCCUAAACCUUCCGCAUAUGGGACUUGGAAUCUACGGUGGAGGCUAUGAACGUCCAUUCAUGCGUUCUCAAACGCCAGGACGUCAGCCAAUGUAUGAACAUCCGCAUCAAUUCCGAGGUGAGGGCAACGUCAGGGAUUUUGAUCCACAUAGUGAGAGGGAUCCUCCAGCUGGUAUGCAUUUAGAUAGGGGCCCGCAUAGGCAACCACAAAUAUCUCAUUUUCCGCCUCAUACUUUCCCUCGAAAUAUAGGCCCACCUCCGUCUGAUUAUGACAGAUUUCCGCCUCGGACUGGCCCUCAAGAUAUAAGUCCACCUCCAUCUGGUUAUGACAGAUUUCCGCCUAGGACUGUCCCUCAAAAUAUGGGUCCACCGCCGCCUGGUCAUGACAGGUUCCCAAGAACUCCACGUACUAGUUUCAGAGCUCCGAAUCCAGACCCUUUUGCAACCAAUAUGAUGGCACUGCAAGGAGAUUAUGAUCAACCAGAGGGCCAAGGAAAUAGCAAUCUUCGUGGUUUGGGAGUACCUUUAGAAGUACACGUUCACAACCAUGCUCAAGGAGGAAAUGUAGGGGGGCAUUACACGCAUGGAGGAGAUGGAUACGGCAGAAAUUUCCAUUUCCCAUUUGAAAACGGGAUGUCCAGGGCAGAUGGUAUCAUGGCGAGUUAUCCUCUUGGAUAUAACGGCAGACCGGGUUCGUGGCAACCUCGCGUAGGCGGCCGUAUGGGCGGCCACGACGUGCACACACGAGGGCAAAGGAAUGUUACGAGUCGGCGAAUUCCAAGGUCACUAUUGCAUGCUUGGUCUUGGUUGUGAUUGCUUUGAGGAAUUUGCUAUUCACUCAAUUCCUACACUAGCAUCGUUUCAGGGUAUUGAUUACCCACCUGUACUUUACUUUACAGAUUGGAGAGUUCUCCCGUUUAGAUCGCAACAGAUUGUAAAGCUUCUGCCUAGAAAUACUAAUAAAUCUUAUUAGGUAGAGCUCUGGAGAGCUAAGCUACAAUAAGAUCACACAAUCUGAAUUGAUAAAUCUUUUCUGCUUACUGAAAUAUAAUGUAUUUAUGUGAUAUGUAUCGUCGUGCAAUACUCUACUACUGCAACAAGUCUGACUUCGCAGUAUUUAUUACAUGCUAUAUAUGAAGAGAUAUCGACGAGGGCGGUUAACGUAAAUAAGCUAUACUGCCUUGUUGUAUAAUACUAUGAUCUUUAGUAGAGAAGUAUAAUAAGCUAAGCUCCCUAAGUUAAGUCAUGUAUAGAGGUGGUAUAAAGGUCAUAUUUGUAUGUUUCCUUUGAUUAACAAAUUACGCGUGCCCAGUUUGCUUGCGACCAAAGAAGAUGGAACAAAUGAGUGUCUAA